GCUCUUGUCUAGACAGCUCCGCAAGACAGAGACAAGCAUGGGCCAAAAAGCCACCUGGACUUGGUCUAGACCUUAGCUACAGCAUACUAUGAGGGUGGAUGGGGCCGGAGGAUGCCGUCUCUGAAUAAGCCUUACGAAUGUGGCUGUAUCGGAGAUGAUAGGAAACAUAACUCGAAGCUUUACGAUCCGAUCGGGCCCUGUGACGAUGAGUUUGAUGCGGACGUUGGCCUCCAAAGACGUCUAUAUAAUAAGCGACUCCUGCCAUCCUCGACAUUGGCAGCAGUUGUUUCCCCAGGCCGCACGUCCAACCCUCAAAUUCUCAAAAGAAAGAAACUCAAAACAACUCCAGAGAUGCCCGGUCAAGCUCGCCCUUGCUCUACCCACUUUGGCCAUGACAGCCUCAGCCGCGUCCGGUCUUGAGGGCACCUCUCCGGUCUCUGGAACGGCCUGGUUGGAGCGGUACUUGCGAACGUGCCGUGCCUGUGACCAAGGGGGUGGUGCGCUGUUCCUUCCCAGACAUCCCACAUGCGUUAGUCUUUCUUGUAUAGGUGCAGGGCAAGUCUGUAGAAUUGUCCAGUGGUUACCUUUACUUCUCACCAGGCAUCUCAGGUUAUAACCAUAGUCGCAUGUUUUGAUACCAUUCGAGUACGCUUUAACUCUCUGUCUCCCCUCCCACGCCCGAUGAUGAGAGAAGAUACAUGGCCCUUUGCGCCGGCAGAUUCCCAACCUCGCAAUGCGCCAGCCACGGUCUAAAAAGCAGGCACCAAAGCCAAAAAGACACUGAGAACCCAGAAGAUGACCAA